CCCUGUCCCUUUCUCUGCCCCCAGUGAUGCUGUAGUGACGCUCCCACUGCCUCACGCGUGUUAUUCCCAAUGACGCUGCCGUGACGGCUUCCCUUCCUUUUUCUUGCGCACCCAGUAGCUGAGCUGCCCGGGGGAUAUCACGGACACACUCUCUGCGCAAUUUCCUGUUUCAUUUAUAGUCGUUAUUUGGGCUGUCGGCCUGAAGAAACUUAACAUUAGAAUGGUGCACAGACAUUUUAAACUCUAACCAGACAGCAGAAAAUAUAGGGUAGAAAGAGUAUCCAGUGCCUCGGCAACCUGCUAACAAACUCUACCAUCUCAGCCAUUAAGCACUGUAGAAGCCAGAUCAAGACUUCCUAGUGCAGGAAUCUGCAGCCAAUCGACACUACUUGCAGAUGUGAAUUACCACAUGACUCUUGCACCCUUUCAUUCUGGAUAUACUGACAGUUCCCAGUUCGGUAUGCCAAAGUGUAUUGUAAAUGGAUGUUCCCAUGGCAGCAGAGGUAAAACCCCAUCUCCAAAUGUGGUACUGCAUGUGUUUCCUGGAAAUAUUGAUAUUAUAAAAAGAUGGCUUGUAGCUAUUGGGCAAAACUUUGGUGACUUGGACACCUAUGCUCAAAGAAUUAUAGAGGGCAAGAAAACUGAUUCCUUCCGAAUUUGUUCAUGUCACUUUACUGAAGAUUCUUACACUUUUCAAGGAAGAAGAAAGGCUUUAAAGAAGUCAGCAACUCCCACAUUGUUUCUUUGGAGUGGAUCUGCUUCAGAUGGAUGUAAAGCAGUCCCUGCAAAGAGAGCCCGUAAUGAUAAAGGUGACCAAUGUGAAUCUCUGCCUUUUCAGUCUCACCAGAACUCAGCAUCUAAUUCUUUCUCACAGCAAACAAUUACUGGCCAGACAAAGAAGAAAACUAUAAAAAUCAGGCGUAGUAAUGAUUCUACCUGUACAAAACAAAAUUCCUGUAAGAGGAAUGCUUCAACUCAAACAAUAUUUGAAAAUGGGGAUGCAGUUACAUCCUACUAUUGCUCGCAGUGUGCUUCACCACUCAAUAAAACUAGUGUUACAUCAGUUCAGACAUUGAAUUUGCUGCCCUCAGAACCGGCAUACAGCAAAAUUCAUUUAGUUGAUUCUGAAGGGCAAUCUGAAUGUAAAUCUAAACCUACUAUUUUUCAUGAUAUUAAAAUGGAAAUUGAAGACGCUGAGAACACUUUAUCAGAUGACGGCACAGAUACAUCAAGUAGCAUUGGUGAUGAUUCCGACAUAUCUAAACAUAGUGAAGAUAGCCCCAUAUUCAUAGAAUAUGAAAGUGAGGAAGAUGAUGAAAUAGAUCAGUCAAUAGAACCUUUUGAUGUUUUAAAUACUGCUAAGGAUCCGGUGGAUGAUCACACUUUCCUAGUUUAUGAAUCUUGCCUUGAUAAAUUGCUAUUGUCUUCAAGAUGUGGUAGAGAUCCAAACUGCUAUUCACCAAUAAAAAAAUUGAAAAAGUAUGUAUAUGGAUCAUUCUUAACUGUCAAAGCGGUAUGUCAGAGUGGACACCAUUUUCAUCUUUGGGACAGUCAGCCUCGUAAAGGUUCCAUAUAUUAUGGAAACCUGCUGAUGUCUGCAUCAAUCCUUCUUAGUGGUUCUGACUUUGCAAAAGUUUAUGCCAUGAAUAAGCUCUUGAAGUUAAAACAAAUGUCGCCAUCUGCUUUCAAGCGAUAUCAAUCAAAUUAUUUCAUUCCAGUUAUAGACCACCACUGGAAGACUGAGCAGGACAAACUAAUAAAGCAUAUUUCAGGGAAAUCUGUAUUUCUUGUAGGAGAUCAUGAUAUAAACAUCCCUGGUAGCUUUUCUAAGUACUGCACAUAUUCACUCAUGGAAGGCGCCUCCAUGAAGAUUAUCAAUUAUAGGGUGGACCAAGUUUCUUCUACCACUUCCUCUGCUGAUGCUGAAAAACAGUCUUUUCAGAAAUCACUGGAUGAACUCUUGGAAAAAGAUGUUAAGGUGAAAAGCAUAUGUACAAAUCGUCGCAAGGCAAUAAGAAAACUUAUUUAUAAAGACUAUUCCGACAUACUACAUAAAUAUAAUAUUGACCAUAUUAGCAGGUCUUUAAGGAACAAACUGUCAUCUGCUAGUAAACAGAAAAACUGUAGUCAGAUAUCACAGUGGAUUAAACCCGCAGUCAGUCAUCUAUUGUGGGCCUCUCAGACAUGUGAUGGUAGUGCUGAUUUGUUGAAAAAGAAGUGGCAAUCAUUACUGAAUCAUGUUACAAAGGUGCACAAAUGGGAGACUUCUCAGCAAUUCCAUGGAUGCACACAAGAAAAUCUGAGUGCGAGGUGCAAAAGAAAGUGGAUGAAAUGUGGUUCAACAGCAUUCAACAGAUUCAAAGAAAUUGUUAUGUCUGCUCAACUCAUCAGAGACCUCAAUCAUCUUUCAGAGUUCUGCCAUACAGAUGAACUAAAGCUAUACCACAGUAAUCUCCUUAAAUAUCGGCCAAGAACACUUCACUCCAUGGAUGACGUGGUUGUCCGCACUCAACUUGCAGCUCUUGAUCAUAAUUACAAUGUUCACAGAGGAAAAGCACAAUGGAAUGAUACCGAUGUGCAGGACCCUUCUGCUGGUUUACAGCCUAAAGUAAGAAAAUGUGUCUUUGAUGUAGCUUCAAAAGCUUUCCUUUUGGUCAUCCUGAAGGAUAUUGUGAGGUAUGUGGAAGGAGAAGUCAAUAUCGAAAGGCAAACUUUAAGUGACCGACUUCCUGACAACCCUUCACUGGAACACAGGCCAAUGAAGAAUGAAUCAUGGUGAAAUGGUUCACACAAUUAACAAGACCUAUUUUGUGGAUUUCUUGCUAUCCGAGGAGUGACUUAAAAUCAUGUUUUUUUUUUUGUUUUGUUUUUUUUUAUAUAAAAGCUUUUUAUUCAACUAAAUUCUUUCCAUCGAAUCAGUCACGAAAAUGCCAGUGCAUGCAAGUGAUAUCCUGAUCCUGUGCAUUUUUAAAGUGGCAGUAUACAUCUCUGUUCUGUAAUAAGGAAAUGGAAUAAAAGCAAAAGUGUAUUCCAACUGUGAUAAAUUCUGAUUGCUAGUGAUGAGCUUUGUGUGUGCGUUGUCACUGUGUAGCGGCCACACUCAGAUCAGCAUUGUGUUAUUGCUGUUUUCUACAAUGAUAUCCUAGGGCAGGGGUCCCCAACCUUUCUUACUCUCCACUCCCUGGGCACUAGAGCUGAGCUAACCAGGUCCUCUGAUGUCACUGUGGACCAUUCAAUUACACUGGGAAAUGGUGACUAAUACAUUUCUGAGGGGUAAUCGCCUGGCCCACAGGUCCACUAUUAGGAUCAAAGCUUUUCCCACAUUAGUCUAUAAGCAGCAAAUUGAAAUGUAUUGCUGACUGACCGUCUGUCUACCCAUCAAGCUGCCCUAAAAGAAAAUAUAUUGCAGCCAGUCACCAAAUUCUGUGGCACUUUCUUUACUUUUUCAUUGAACUGGAAGUGACUGACAGAUUUCCUUAGACAUCUCAGAUUCAUUACCUGUUUAAGAUCACUAAUUUAGAAGUUUAGUUUUGUAUAUAAUUAACAAAAUUAUAAUAUGUAACUGAAGUAAAGUUUUGUAGUCCUAUUUUUUCUAUUGUGUUUAAUAAAAUGUAUUUUGUACUUAA